CCCUUACGAGCCUGGCACCUUAUAUGUUUUCUAAUCUAAUUGCUGAAGGGCACGAGACGGAGACGAUCACAACGCUACUAAUUGAAAAUAUGGAUAUAUGGCAUUUUGGAGGGAACCAGCAAGCAACCGCCGUUCUAGAACAGCAGGUCCAAACGCCAGUGGGUUAUCAGUGGCAAACGACGAUCGAGCCCAGUUGGUUCCAAUGGAUUUCUAUUCCGCCAAAAGAAACUCAUUUUUCUCCCCAAGACUCUCGCGGUUUUAUUCGUGCGUAUUAAGGUCGCGUUCGCCCGAUCUUCACCGACCCGUAAUUUUUUGGUACCUACUUUCUCUGUUCCAGUUGGGUACGGUUUUAAGAGCCGGAUAUUUAAAAUCUCUGAUAUUUGGAGAGGGAGUGGCAUGCCGGGCUUUGACUAAACGUUGGUCAGUGGAUAUUAGGCACCGGCUAUUCUUCUGGUUUCUCUCAUCGUUCCUUUGGCUGGCAGUUGUGGCUGCGUAUUCGCUGCAUGAGAUAUUAUUAUCAUGGUCGCACUUAACUUUGCCUUCGUAGCAUCGUACGCGCAAUUGCGUCGGGGCUUUGGGGUCUUACGGUAUUUCACUACGUGGCGGUCACGGGAGGAUGGGUGAGGUCGGGAGGCUUCUAAACU